CUCAGUUCCAAUGAUGGAAAAUCCCAAUGCUUCAGCAUACCAAGACAUUUCGGACAAUUAAGACCAUGUACUUUCUUGUGGCCCAUCUUAUGGGCCUGGUAGCCAUCAUGAUGCCUGUUGACUGCAGUCCCGACCCCCUUCUGGACAACCACUGGUACCUAUGGGCUAAGACACAUGAGAAAACAUACAACAACAAGGAAGAUGAGCUGGGAAGACGUGUUAUCUGGGAGGACAAUCUGAAGUUUAUCAUGGUUCACAACCUGGAAUAUACUUUAGGUCUUCACUCCUAUGAGGUUGGAAUGAACCAUCUUGGAGAUAUGACUAGCGAGGAGGUAUUGGCUACAAUGACUGGGUUCAGAAGUGCAGAUAUUUCCAUGUCCAAUGACUCAAACUUGACAGAGGAAAUAUUAAAGUCAAAAGUCCCUGAGUCCAUAGACUGGAGGAAGCAGGGUUGUGUGACCGAUGUAAAGGAUCAGGGUCGAUGCAGUUGUAGUUGGGCAUUCAGUAGUGUGGGGUCACUGGAGUGCCAGCUGAAAAUUAGAAAAGGUAAGUUGACCUCAUUGAGUGCUCAGAACCUAGUGGACUGCUCAAGCUCAUAUGGGAACAGUGGAUGUGCUGGCGGCUUCCCUGUGGCAGCAUACCGAUAUAUCAUGGACAGUGGCAUAGAACCAGAUGGCACCUACCCCUUUGAAGGACAGGAUAUGAAAUGCCACUUCAGUACCUCAAGGAAGGCUGCAAGCAUUACCAGCUACAAAGUAGUACCAUACGGAGAUGAAAAUGAGCUGAAACAAGUCGUGGGCAAAGUGGGUCCUGUGUCUGUGGCCAUUGAUGCCGGCCGGAGAUCAUUUUACUUAUACAAACAUGGUGUAUACUAUGACCCACUGUGCUCCAGCUCGCAGCCGAAUCACGCCGUACUUGUCAUCGGAUAUGGUGCGGAAGAUGGAGUAGAGUAUUGGCUUGUUAAAAAUAGCUGGGGACCAUCAUUCGGAGAUGAAGGCUACAUAAAAAUAGCAAGAAACCAUUAUAACCACUGUGGAAUCGCAAACUUUGGCUCCUAUCCAGUUCUCUAAAGAAAUCUCUUCAUGAUACUAAAAAAACUCUUUUUUAUUUUUGCAUCUAAAAUUUGUGUUAUUUUGUGUUUAGGAGCCUCAGUCAAUCUCCAAAUAAAAAGCUGACCCCCCCCCCCAACAAACCGCUGUAAUUCAUGGGCAAAUGCUGUAACUGGAGCCACCAUGAAAGUGGUCUGUUUAUGUAACGUAGAGGUGUUCCAGGUCCUCCGGAACGAGAGAUGCUUUCCACUGGGACUAAUAUCAACACAGGAUUUCUUAUUUGAAAAUUAAUUUUCUUAACUAGACACCCCCUUUAAAUGACUAGGGACCUCAACCUCUGGGCUUUCAUCACAUAACAUUGAGCAGAUUUUGUGAAAUAAAAAAAAAUGUGGAGAAAUCAUUAAAUAAAAAUUUCUUCUUGGCCAAUGUUGUUAGCUUGACGUCUCUCUCGA